CAGCAAUCAAACAAAUUUCACAUAUAUUUUUAUGCUAAAUUGGUCAAUUUCCGUAUUAUUAUGCUGAUGAGUCGCGCGCUAUGCCGGAGCUGGCUCUCCCAGGUGGCCCACAGAUGCCAUGCCAAUGCAAAAGCGCCCGUCCUGCGAAGCAGACAUAACUCCGGGACCGGGUCGUGCCGGCACUUCCACAGCAAUCGGAGGCAGAGCAGUAACAUAAAGCCAGCUGGCGGGGAGUCGGCCGGCGAGACAAACUCAUCCGUACCUAAGAACAAUGUGAUUAAGGCGGUGGCUUUUACAGGCGCAUUUACUGUGGGAUGCUUUGCAGGAGCUACCAUUAUGGAAUAUGAGAACACACGCAGCCUUAUCCUGGCAAAGGCACGCCAGGCGAGAUUUGGCUGGUGGCAAAGUCGAUCCCUGGCCGAUCGCGACUACUGGACGCAGCUUAAGAAUGACAUCCGCCGCUACUGGGAUUCCCUGACGCCCGGGGACAAGAUGUUUGCACCGAUCUUAGUCUGUAACGCACUGGCAUUUGCUAUGUGGCGUGUGCCUGCCCUGCGUAAUACAAUGAUGACCUAUUUCACAUCCAACCCUGCAGCGAGAGUCGUCUGCUGGCCCAUGUUCCUGUCCACCUUUAGCCACUAUUCGGCUAUGCACAUAUUCGCCAAUAUGUAUGUAUUGCACAGCUUCGCCAAUGCAGCAGUGCUCUCGCUGGGAAAGGAGCAGUUCCUGGCAGUCUACCUCAGCGCCGGUGUCUUCUCCAGUCUUAUGAGCGUGCUGUACAAGGCCGGUACGAGUCAAGCGGGGAUGUCUUUAGGCGCGUCCGGCGCUAUAAUGUGCGUGCUAGCUUACGUGUGUGCUCAGUAUCCUGAUACGCAACUGAGCAUAUUGUUCCUGCCCGCCUUGACGUUCUCUGCUGGAGCUGGAAUAAAAGUUAUCAUGGGCAUUGAUUUUGCCGGCUGCGUUAUGGGCUGGAAAUUCUUUGACCACGCAGCGCAUUUGGGCGGAGCCAUGUUCGGCAUAUUCUGGGCUACAUACGGAGCGCAAAUAUGGGCAAAGCGCAUCGGUCUGCUCAACUACUAUCACGAGCUGCGACGGACGAAGCAGAAAUAGCGUGCCCUCUAGGAAAUGACCAAGUGAACGAGCGACAGUGGAACUAAGGCUUUGCCGAGGAGAUCGUGCUGACAUUUUUCUGCCUUAGAGGUUCAUUGAGUUAUGUUUAAUAAAGCGUGUCGUGUA